UGUGUGUGUGCGUGUGUGUGUGCGUGUGUGUGUGCGUACAGGAGGGGAGCUCCGUCUCUCCGCACAGACCGAGAGCUGCAAACCUACCUCGGAGCAUCAGUGAGCGGGGGGACCGGAGGAUGAGGCACGGCGGUGUGUAGCGGAUCUACCGGGGAGGGGGGUGUAAAACCAGGACGGAAUGAGAGUGAUAUUUGAACUGGCAUUGUUGGAGUUUUUUCUCGCCGUGUGAAUCUGGACGUGGAUCUGCAACGGAGCGUCGAUCCGACGCGUGAGAGCUGCUGACGGUCUGUGUGUUUGUGAGCUAAUAUUACCGACAAUAAGGAAAGGAGAUUAGCCAUAGUGGCAUUUCAUCAUUUGUGCUGGUAAUUAAAGGAGGAUGUUUUAUUAGGCACUGUAGCUAUUUUUCUUAAUGAUAUGAUCAAGAAACCAGACUCAAUUUAUUAUUAAUGUUUAAAAAAACAAAAACCAAUGGUUACACAACUCCCAGGCAGACAGGAGGCUGAUUAAAGCCAUCAUUUAGAUUUCCAGUACAUUUUGUUUUUGAUGAUACAAAAGAAGCCAGUCAUGUCAAAAACCAAGAGCAGCGAGUCCGUGAAGGUGGUAGUUCGAUGCCGUCCUUUGAACCGGAAAGAGGAGUCCAAUGGGCCUGCGGGGGGCAUCGUGCAGAUGGACCUGCGACUCGGACAGGUGAUCCUCCGAAACCCUCGAGCCUCAGCCAGCGAGCCCCAGAAAACAUUCACAUUCGAUGCAGUCUAUGAUGCAAACUCCAAACAGCGAGACCUUUACGAUGAGAGCGUGCGGCCGCUGAUAGAUUCGGUGCUCGCAGGGUUCAAUGGCACCAUAUUUGCGUACGGACAAACCGGAACUGGGAAGACGUACACCAUGCAGGGGGCGUGGUUGGACCCAGAGAAACGGGGCGUGAUCCCCAACGCUUUUGACCACAUCUUCACCCACAUCUCCCGCUCGCAGUCCGAUAAGCAGUACCUGGUGCGGGCGUCCUACCUCGAGAUCUAUCUGGAGGAGGUCCGGGAUCUCCUCGAUCCCAACCACGGCAACGCCCGAGCCCUGGAGCUCAGGGAGAAUCCAGAGUCUGGGGUGUACGUGCGCGACCUCACGUCGUGUGUCUGCAAGAGCAUCAAGGAGAUCGAGGAGGUGAUGAACGUGGGCAACCAGGCGAGGGCGGUCGGGGCGACGGACAUGAACGAACACUCGUCUCGGUCCCAUGCCCUGUUCUUGAUCACGGUGGAGUGCAGCCAGCCUGGGCCGGACGGGAGGAAGCACAUCCGGGUCGGCCGCCUCAACCUGGUGGAUCUGGCUGGCAGCGAGCGCCAAGCCAAGACAGGCGUCCAGGGCGAGCGCCUGAAAGAGGCUGCCAAGAUCAACCUUUCCUUGUCAGCUCUGGGGAACGUGAUCUCGGCGCUGGCCGACGGGCGCAGCAGCCACGUGCCGUACCGGGACUCCAAGCUGACGCGGCUGUUGCAGGACUCUUUGGGCGGGAAUGCAAAGACCGUCAUGGUCGCCACCUUAGGUCCGGCCCCCCAGCACUACGACGAGACCCUCACCACCCUCCGCUACGCCAACCGCGCCAAGAACAUCCAGAACCAGCCCAGGGUCAACGAGGAUCCCAAGGACGCUCUACUGCGCGAGUUCCAGUUGGAGAUCGCUCGCCUCCGCGCCCAGCUCAACCACAGGAAGUGGAGGAGCAAACAGAAGAAGGAGCAGGUGGACGGAGGCUGGGAGGGAGACGGGGAUGAGGAGACAGAGGGGGAGGAGGGGGAGGAGGAGGUGGAGAAGGAGGCAGAGGAGUACGUUAAGCUACAGGAGCAGCAGUUGGAGAGGGAGAAGCAGGACAUCAGAGAAGAUCAAUUCAUGUUGGCCGAUGAGAAGCAGAGGCUCCUGGGAGAGAAGGAGAGGAUGAUGGGAGAUCUGAGGAAGGAGCAAGAAGCCACCGAGCAGCUGACCGCCAAGUACAAGGCGAUGGAGAGCAAGCUGCUGGUUGGUGGAAAGAACAUCACUGAUCACACCAACGAGCAGCAGAAGAUGCUGGAGAUGAAAAGGCACGAGAUUGCUGAGCAGACGCGUCGGGAGAGGGAGAUACAGCAGCAGAUGUUGGUCCAGGACGACGAGACGGUGGAGCUGAGAGAGACUUUCACUUCUCUGCAGCAGGAGGUGGAGGCCAAGACCAAGAAACUCAAGAAGUACCUCAAGUUGUAUGCCAAGCUUCAGUGCAUCAAAGCGGAGAUCCAGGACGUGAACGACGAGCACGUGAGGAGCCGACAGGAGCUGGAACAAACUCAGAACGAGCUGACCAGAGAGCUCAAGUUCAAGUAUCUGAUCAUAGAGAACUUCAUCCCUCCGGAGGAGAAGAAUAAGAUCAUGAACAGACUGACCUUUGACCCCGAGGAGGAUCAGUGGAAGUUUCAGCCUCUCGUUCCUGCUGAAAGUAAAUCCUCCCAGAUGAAGAAAAGGCCGUCAUCUGCAGUCGGAUACAAACGACCAAUCAGCCAGUACGCCAGGGUUGCUAUAGCGAUGGGAGCUCACUCCAGAUACAGGGCUGAGAACAUCAUGUUUCUGGAGCUCGACAUGACUCCUCCAAACACCGCCACACUGGAUUGUUCGACAAAGUCGGAGCGGAACCAGAUUCCCUCUCUGGACAACUCGCCCACCAAGGACAGCGGCGUCUGCAAGUCUCGCUCCUGGUGCCAGACCCCAAAAUCCAUCACUUCCUCUUCUUCUAAUGUUUCCUUGGCAGCAUGUCACACUGCCACACCCAUGACGGCACAGUAAAGCUUUAAUGAAGAGGAUUUUCUCUUUUUUUUAAUUGUUAUUUAUUUUAUUCCUCCGCUUUCUCUUGCUUAUUUUACCUCUUCCUCUUUGGGCCAGUGAUCUUCUGAAAGACUUCUACAGCUGGGAUACAAACACACCUGUGCUGAAUCCUCUGGAGGUUAAAGACUACAUUAUAGUAAAUAGUCGUUACAGUAACAAGGACGAGAUCUACAGGACAGUAAACUAAAUGAGCUGAUGAACCUCAGAAACUCUGUAUAACAUCACUUCCUCCUGUUCUUCCUUUGCAUGAGCCUUUUAAAACUGGCUGCUGUGUGUGUGUGUCUGUGUCUGUCUGUGUGUAUGUGUGUGUGUGUGUGUG